AUGGAAACGAACGCAUCAUCAAAUGUACGCGGUAAUGUUCAUGCACUUCGAAAUAUGUGGAUUUCAAAGGGACAAGAAGAGGAAAAACCAAAACAAUCAACAGUAACUCCAUCUUAUCCACAUUCGAAGCAGCAACAACAAAAACAAAUCCUGAAAGAUAACAUACCAACUUUGAAAAUUACAAAGGAGACAAUUACUAUUGCAAAAACAGAAAAAGAAUCAUCAUUUACAUUUAACAACGACAAAACAACGAUUUCUGAAUCGGUUGAAAAAGUACCAUCGAUGGAAGAAAAAAUUUCUUUAUCAAUUCCUUCAUCAAAGCAUUCUAUUGUUUUAAAACAUCAAACUCAAUCUAAGACAGAUCUUGAACAAUCUGCUAUUAAAAUGGCUAUAGCUACUAACAAAAGACCCAAUAUUCUUUGUAAAAAUCCGAAAACUAAGGGUAUUCGCAAUUGGCAAAUAACUCGUCUUGUUUUUCGUAGCGGUUUUGCACUUAAUAAAAUGAGACGAGCAUCGGAUACUAUUGUACCAUUAUUAAUGAAAACAUACAAAAUUAAACAUUGCUCUCGUGCAGAUAGCACGGAUAGUAUAUAUAGUCAACCGGCAUUUGAAACUUAUCUUGAUUAUUUCACUCAUAAUACAGAAUAUCACAAUCAUGAUGUACCUAUACCACAAAGAAUCAAACGUUCAGCAUCGUAUACAAGCUCUUGUAUGCGUCGAAAUAAACUCGAUGAAACAAUAUCUCAAUAUGAAAUGAUACUUCGUCAUUUAAAAAAUUAUGAUGCGUUUGCGUCAACACAUCCUUUACCAUCAUCAUCGGGUUCAUUAAUUUCUUCGCAACAUCAACAAAAAUCAUUUGACAUUCAGCACAUCAAAAAGAACAAUGAAGAAAAAGAACAAUUUCGUGAUAAAAUAUUUAGUUCAAAACAACAAACACAAUCAUUAUCAAGAAAUGUUGGACGUACAUUUUCUGAAUUUAUAAUGAAUGAUCUUUUCUUAUCACCAUCAUUGAAAAAAUCAUCUCAUGAACAACAAUCUUUAAGUAUUUCUCAUGCAUCAUCACAAACAGAUUUGUCUGAACCAAUUCAUAACAUUAAUGAUCAAACAAAUAAUUCUUCUGAAAUAGUUCAUAGCCUUGAAUUGGGUCAAAACAAUAUCAUAGCAGAUGAAGAAGAAAGAGUAGUUAUAAAUCAAUUUGAUGCUACACUUAAUAAUAAUGAUCAAGAAACAGCAAUAACACCUAAUAGUCAAAUCAAUGUUAUUGUCGCCAAUUUACCUGAUUUGUCAGAAAAAGAGAAAACAGUAUCAACAGAAAAACCACUUAUGCAACGUUUAUUCGAAGGAAAAAAGACUGUCUAUAGUCCAGAUGAUCUUAAAAUGGAAUCAAUUCGAUUACCUGAGGAAAUGAUGGCAACAUAUGAGAUUGCAAAAAACAAGUGUUUUUUUGACUCGGAAAAACUCAUUUAUACAACAAAAAUGACAAAAAUUAGGCGUCGAGGAUAUACACAACAUAUUCGAAUGCUUUGUAUCACAACUGAACGAUUAUAUAACAUAACAAAAAAAAAUCCAUAUCCUAAAGAAGGCAUAUUUUUUAAUCAAAUAAUGGGUAUUACAUGUACACCAUAUAAAGAUGGUUUUAUUUGUAUUCAUACAAAAGAAACAUAUGAAGAUCGAGGUGAUUGGCUUGUUGUUGUUGAUCAUCCAUGUGAAUUUAUUACACAAUUAUUUAUGACUAUGAGACGCGAUGAUAAUUCUGAUGGUUUUCUGAAAUUUGAAACACAAUUCACACAUUGUCGUCGAUUUUUUGGAGAAGGUAGGAAAGGAAAAAAUAAACAAAAAGAUGCUAGUGAUUUUGAAAAUUUAAAAAAAGAAGUUACAAUUGAUGAACAUAAAAUAACAUUAGAAGAGCUUGUUGAACGUUAUGAAACAAAUAUUGAAGAAGGUCAUUCAUCUGCAAAAGCUCGAGAUUUAUUAGAAAAAAAUGGUCCAAAUGCAUUAACGCCUCCACCUGAAGUACCUGAAUGGAUAAAAUUUGCUAAACUACUUUUUGGUGGAUUUUCUGCACUACUUUGGGUUGCUGCUAUUCUUUGUUUAAUUGCUUAUGGAGCUCAAGUUGGCUCAGAUCCAACAACACCAAAAGACAAUUUAUGGUUAGGUAUUGCAUUACUGGUAGUCGUUAUUAUUACAGCCAUAUUUGCUUAUUAUCAAGAAUCAAAAGCGGGGAAAAUUAUGGAGUCAUUUAAGAAAAUGGUUCCACAACAAGCAGUUGUCAUGCGUGAUGGUCAGAAAAUUGAAAUAUCUGCUCAAGAAUUAGUUGUUGGUGAUAUUGUUUUUGUUAAGAUUGGAGAUAAAACACCAGCGGAUAUUCGUGUAUUAUCUUCUCAAAGCUUCAAAGUUGAUAAUUCUUCUUUAACAGGUGAGAGUGAACCUCUAGCGCGAUCACCUGAUUGUACUCAUGAUAGUCCACUUGAAACAAAAAAUCUUGCAUUUUUUAGUACAUUUGCUGUUGAAGGUUCAUGUACUGGUAUGGUUAUUCGAACAGGUGAUAAUACUGUUAUGGGACGAAUUGCUGCAUUAGCAAGUGGUCUUGGCAAUGAAAUAUCACCAUUAAAUGUUGAAAUUAAUCAUUUCGUUCAUAUUGUCACAGUUGUUGCUGUUACUUUCGGUGUAAUUUUUCUUAUAAUUCUUCUUGCUCUUGGUACCCGUGUUUUACAAGCCAUAGUUUUUGUUAUUGGUAUUAUUGUAUCAAAUGUACCUGAAGGUCUUUUAGCGACAAUAACUGUCAUGUUAGCAUUAACAGCUCAACGUAUGGCAAAAAAAAAAUGCUUAGUUAAAAAUUUAACAGCUGUUGAAGCACUUGGUAGUGUAUCAACAAUAUGUUCAGAUAAAACUGGUACAUUAACACAAAAUCGUAUGACUGUUGCACAUUUAUGGCUUGAUAGUGAAAUUGUUAGUGUUAAUUUAUCACAUACUCAUGAUGCUGAAUUAGUUUUUGAAAAACCAGUACCUGAUUCAGCAACGGGACAAGAGACAACACAAGUGGAUUCUAAUCGACCUGGUUACAAAGCACUUAUAAGAUGUGCAAUGUUAUGUGCUAAAGCUGUGUUUAAACCUGAUGAAGAAAAUAUGAGUAAACCACCUUUACAGCGACAAGUUCAAGGUGAUGCUAGUGAAACAGCUAUACUUCAAUUUUCUGAAAUUGUUGCUGGCAAAGUUGAAGAAUAUCGUGCAAAAAAUAAACGUGUUUGUGAUAUUCCAUUUAAUAGUGCAAAUAAAUAUCAAGUAUCUAUACAUGAAACUGAUGAUGAUGAUGAACGACAUUUAGUUGUGAUGAAAGGUGCACCAGAACGAAUACUUGAACGAUGUCAAACAAUUUUUAUUAACAACAAUGAACACAAUUUAGAUGAUGAAUGGAAACAAAAAUUUAAUGAUGCUUAUAUGGCAUUAGGUGGUUUAGGUGAACGUGUUCUUGGUUUUUGUGAUUUACGUUUACCAUUAGGAAAUUUUCCAAGAGGAUUUAAUUUUGAUCCAGAUAAUGUUAAUUUUCCAUUAAGAGGUUUAAGAUUUUUGGGAUUUAUUACUAUGAUUGAUCCACCACGGCCAGGUGUUGCUGAUGCUGUUGCUAAAUGUCGUACAGCUGGUAUUAAAGUUAUUAUGGUUACUGGUGAUCAUCCAAUUACAGCUAAAGCUAUAGCGAAAGGUGUUGGAAUUAUAACGUCGGAUACAGCUCAAGAUUUAGCUAAACGUUUGAAUAUAUCUCCUAAUGAUGUUGAUCCAAGAGAUGUACGUGCUAUAGUUGUAUCCGGUGCUGAAUUAUCAGAACUCUCAUCUCAUCAAUUAGAUGAAGUAUUAACACUUCAUCGUGAAAUUGUAUUUGCACGAACAUCUCCUCAACAAAAAUUGAUUAUUGUCGAAGGUUGUCAAAGACAAGGUUGGAUUGUUGGUGUAACAGGUGACGGUGUCAAUGAUUCACCUGCUUUAAAGAAAGCUGACAUUGGAAUAUCAAUGGGUAUAACUGGUUCUGAUGUAAGCAAACAAGUUGCAGAUAUGAUAUUACUUGAUGAUAAUUUUGCAACAAUUGUUACUGGUAUUGAAGAAGGUCGACUUAUAUUUGAUAAUUUAAAAAAAGUUAUUGCUUAUACAUUUACUAAAAACUUAGUCGAAUUAUUACCAUUUCUUGUUUAUGUUGUUGCUGACGUUCCACUUGCAUUAAGUACAAUCACUAUUUUAUGUAUUGAUUUAGGUACUGAUAUAGUACCAAGUAUUGCAUAUGCUUAUGAAGGUGUUGAAGCUGAUAUUUUAAAACGGCCACCACGUAAGAGAACAGAUAAAAUGGUAACAAGUCAAAUGGUUACACUUUGUUAUGGACAAAUAGCAAUGGUUGAAGCAAGUGGUGCUUUUUUUGCUUAUCUUGUUGUAAUGGCUGAAAAUGGAUUUUGGCCAUCAAGACUUAUUGGUUUACGUGAAGCUUGGGAAUCAACAUCAGUUAAUGAUCUUCGUGAUAGUUAUGGUCAAGAAUGGACAUAUGAACAAAGACAUAAUCUUGAUUUAGCUGCACAAGCAGCUUAUUUUAUUGGUGUUGUUAUUACACAAUUUGCUAAUUUAUAUGGUAAUAAGACAAAACGUCGAUCUGUAUUUCAACAAGGAUUAUUUAGUAAUCGAUUUAUGGUAUUUGCCAUUCUGUUUACUAUUGCUCUUGCAUGUUUUCUUCUUUAUAUUCCAACACUUAAUCGAGCACUUAAUCUUAAUCCAAAUCGUUUUCUUUGGUGGCUACCACCGAUACCAUUUUUCUUCUAUUUAUUUGCAUUUAAUGAAGCAAGAAAAUUUUUUAUUCGAAAAUAUCCUGAUCGAUUUGCAGCACGUCAACUUACAUAUUAA